AUGAUUAGAACCACAAGAUCCUUACUUCGAUCAUCUUCCACUCCUAGAUUUUCCACCAGACUUGCGGUAUCGCCAACAACAUACUGUGUUACACCCACAUUCGCAAGGUUGUUGGCUACUGCAAACACGUCAUCAGAGAAUUAUGCCAAAGUAUACAACCCAAAUGCUGAAAAGGUAUCAUUGGCCAAUUUAGACACUUUUGCUAGACGACACAUUGGUCCAACACCAAAGAAUGUUGAAAAGAUGUUGAAAACUCUUGGGUAUUCAAAUUUGGAUGAGUUUUUAUCGAGUGCUGUGCCAGAGCAUGUUUUGAUCAAACGUAAGUUGCAGAUUCAGCCUAAUCAAGGUUUCACUGAACAAGAAAUGUUGAGACAUCUCCAUGAAGUUGCUGGUAAGAAUAAGAUCUACAAAUCGUUUAUUGGAAAAGGUUAUGCUGGUACGAUUUUACCACCAGUGAUUCAAAGAAACUUGUUGGAACUGCCAGAGUGGUACACUUCGUAUACCCCAUAUCAACCAGAGAUUUCUCAAGGUCGAUUGCAAAGUUUGUUAAACUAUCAAACCAUGAUUACAUCCUUAACAGGUUUGGACAUGGCAAACGCAUCAUUAUUGGAUGAAGGUACCGCUGCUGCUGAGGCAAUGAGCUUAUCCUACCACCACUCGAAAAACAAGAAAAAAGUUUAUGUCGUUGAUUCGGAAUUGCAUCCACAGACUAUUGAAGUAAUCCAGUCAAGAGCAGGCAACAUCAAUGUCGAAAUAAAGGAGUUGAACUUGUCAACUGAGGACGGGUUCCAGGAGUUGAGUAAGAUAGUAAAGGAUGUAUGUGGGGCACUUGUACAAUACCCAACCACUAACGGUUCAAUUCACAACUAUUCUAAAAUUGGUGAUCUAUUACACGAAAAUAAAGCCAUUUUUGCUGUUGCAACAGAUUUGUUAGCAUUGACCUUGCUUAAACCACCAAGUGAGUUUGGCGCUGAUAUCGCCUUAGGUACUUCACAAAGAUUCGGUGUUCCUUUUGGAUAUGGUGGUCCCCAUGCUGCAUUCUUUGCCACUUCCCACAAGUAUGCCAGAAAAAUACCUGGAAGAAUUGUUGGGGUCUCAAAAGAUAGAUUGGGUAAACCAGCUUUGAGAUUAGCUUUGCAAACUAGAGAACAACAUAUCAAAAGAGAGAAAGCUACAUCAAAUAUUUGCACAGCUCAAGCUUUAUUGGCUAACAUUUCAGCAAACUAUGCCGUUUAUCAUGGACCAGAAGGAUUGAAAAAUAUUGCCAAGAGAGUUUACGGUUUUACUACACUACUCGCUAAUGAAAUUAAGAGCAAGCACGAAAUUGUCAAUGAUAAAUGGUUUGAUACCUUGACCAUCAAAUUGAGCGGUGUUUCAGCUGAUGAGAUUUUGAAAAAUGCUUUGGAAAGAUACGGAAUCAACUUGUUCAAGGUUGAUGAUUCAACCGUGUCGUUACAAUUGGAUGAAACAGUGGAAAAACAAGACUUGAUCAAUUUGAUUGAGUUAUUCACUGGCGAAGUCAUUGAACCAUCCAAUGAAUUGCCUUCUGUACCACAAGAGUUGUUGAGAACUGAUGACAUCUUACCACACGAAGUUUUCAACACACACCAUUCGGAAACGUCAAUGUUGAGAUACUUGCAUCAUUUGCAAUCCAAAGAUUUAUCCUUGGCCAAUUCAAUGAUUCCCUUGGGCUCAUGUACCAUGAAAUUGAAUGCAACAGUUGAAAUGCAAUCAUUAUCUAUUCCCGGGUUCAACUCAAUUCACCCAUUUGUUCCAAUUGAUCAAGCUCAAGGUUAUAAACAAUUGGUUGAUGAAUUUGAAAAAGAUCUCAAUGACAUUACUGGGUUCGAUGCUACUACAUCCAUGCCAAACUCUGGUGCUCAAGGUGAAUACACUGGGUUAUCAUUAAUUAGGCAAUAUCACAAAUCAAGAGGUGAAUACGAGCAAAGAAACAUUUGUCUUAUUCCAGUCUCUGCUCAUGGUACCAACCCUGCAUCAGCAGCAAUGUGCGGAUUGAAAGUUGUUCCAGUCAAAUGUUUAGACAAUGGUUCUAUUGACUUGAAAGAUUUGAAAGAAAAAGCUGAAAAACAUGCUGCUAACUUGUGUUCAAUCAUGAUCACUUAUCCAUCCACUUAUGGAUUGUUUGAACCGGGUGUAAAAGAAGCAAUUGACAUUGUUCAUCAGAAUGGUGGGUUAGUAUACUUGGAUGGUGCUAACAUGAAUGCACAAGUUGGUUUAACAUCCCCUGGUGAUUUAGGUGCUGAUGUUUGUCACUUGAAUAUCCAUAAGACUUUUGCAUUGAGUCAUGGUGGUGGUGGACCUGGUCAAGCACCAGUAUGUGUCAAGGAGCAUUUGGCACCUUUUUUGCCCAAGCAUCAUUUUGUCAAUACUCCACAUUCAACAAAUGAAAAUAUAAAAGCUGUUAAUUCAGCACCAUACGGAAGUGCUUCUGUUAUUCCAGUAAGUUACUCAUAUAUCAAAAUGUUGGGUGCCGAUGCACUUCCUUACGCCUCAACUAUUGCCAUGUUGAAUGCCAAUUACAUUUUAGCCAAGUUAGAACCACAUUACAAAAUUCUCUUUAUUGACCAUCGUGCAUCAACUAAUGCCGGUUUGAAACAUUGUGCCCAUGAAUUCAUCUUGGACUUACGUGAAUUCCAAAAACAUGGUAUUGAGGCUAUCGAUGUUGCCAAGAGAUUACAGGAUUACGGAUUUCAUGCGCCAACGAUGUCUUUCCCUGUUGCUGGAACUCUCAUGAUUGAACCUACUGAGUCAGAAAACUUGGAAGAGUUGGAUAGAUUUAUUGAAUCAUUUAUUUCCAUUCGCCGUGAAAUUGAUGCUUAUAUCAAAGGAGACCCAUUAGGUAAUGUAUUGAAGAAUGCUCCACACUCGCAACAGGAUAUCAUAUCAUCCACUGAUUGGGAUACUAGGGGAUACACUAGAGAGCAGGCUGCUUAUCCUUUGGAGUUUUUGAAAGAAAAUAAGUGCUGGCCCACUGUGUCCAGAUUGGAUGACACUUAUGGAGACUUGAAUUUGAUUUGCACUUGUCCUUCGGUUGAGGAACUUGCUGAAGAAUAG